AUGGGGGUUGAGUCGGAAACUUGUGGCUGUGAUGCAGAACCUCUGUCGAGUCUCGAUAAAGAGGUUUACUACCAUGGAGAUCCUAUCAAUGUCAGUAUUGAAGCGACUAAUAAUUCUAACAAGGAUGUGAAGAAUGUCAAACUAUCAGUUGAACAAGUGACUAAUGUCGUGUUGUACUCGAAUGAUACUUACACCGAGGAAGUUGCUGUGGAGGAAGCAAAUGACCUGAUUGCUUCAGGUUCCAAGUUCACGAAGACCUACACGCUCUUGCCAUUAAUGGCCAACAACCGUGACAAGCAUGGUAUUGCCCUCGAUGGUAGAAUCAAGCAGGAGGACACAAACCUGGCUUCUUCCACAAUUUUAAAGGAAGGGACUGACCGGGAAGUUCAGGGGAUGUUGGUGUCCUAUAAAGUGAAAGUCAGUUUAAUGAUCCCUGGUGUGUUGGGUGAUCUAACAGCCAGUGAUGCCACAGUGGAAAUACCUUUCCUGCUCAUGCAUCCAAACCCUGAAAGUAUCAAAAACCCAGAGGAGGAAGACAUUGCUAUCGAGGAUGAUGGAGAUCUUUCACCAGCAGAUGCAGAAGAUGAUGAAUGACAGCUGCUGUAUCCUAUCUGGCCAUGUAGAGUUCACUUGUUUGUAGCUCAAUGCUGUAUGGCUGAAAUCUGUUUAAUUGUUUAGCGGUAUAGGGCUUCCAAUUUCUUCACCUGACCCUGGAAAGAAAACCAACAAAGAUUUUGCAUCCUGUUCAGAAUGUGGCGCAAUUAGAUCAUGGGAAGGAAAUACUUUAUGAAGCUCUUUAGGCUGGUAUCUGAUCUCCAUCUCAGACACAAGUUCAGAAUCUCUGAAAAGGAUCGGGAUUACACAAAGUUAGAUUCAAUCUUUACAAAUUGGGUUAGUAACUUGAAUGGAGGAUGAUACAAGUUUACUAUUUAAUGGUAAUUUACUGUAAAUUGUCACAAUAUAAAUUUGUGUAGAUUAAGUGGCAAUCAUAAUUUCUUCAGAGCGAAUGACAGCAAAAUAACAAUGGCAAAGAGUGCUGAGGUCAUAACCAGUGCUGAAACUCAUCACAGAAAAAGCAAAUGAUUCAAUCACUUGCACAAACACUACAAUGUAUUUAUUCUGAAUUGGAAAAUGUAAUGAAAACAAACUCUUAAGAGGCACAGGGAAUUAUCUGAGCAUCAUUCUCACUGGUUCUAAUGUUAUUUAGUUUGAGUUCAACACUUGCAAUUAUUCAUAAAAUCUUUCAAGUCCCUCAAUCAGUUUCUAGAUUGGUCAGUCCCGGGUAUCUGUUAUUCUGUACAUAACUUAUAUGGGGUCAUUAAUUAGACUCCAAACUUACUCCUAGACAUCUAUUCUUCUAUAUAGAGAAAUAUAAACACAAUGGUUAGAUUUCAGUCUGCCACUUGUUACUGAAUAUGCAAUACUCUACCUCUGAAACAAUAAUUGUAUCAAAUGUGUGACUACCUCUUUUGGAGGUGUAGUUAUUCUGUCUCCAAUUAAUCCUCACGGUACGAUGGUGACACUCUGAUCAUUCUGGUAGGAGUGAGGAAGAAUUUGGGUAAUCUGGCUGUGGAUUUACUUAUU